AGUUUGCCCCUCCCCCGCUCCUUGUUUGGUUUUUGUCUAUUUUUGUCCUUCCCCUUCGUGUCCUUAAUUAUAAAAAAAAAAAAUAUUCAAAAAAUCCUUGUGUCCCUUCCCAUUGUUGAUAAGAUUAGUUUGGUGCUGUGCUAGAUAGUUUGUUGUGUGUCCCGUGCUACUGGUAGGACCUGUUCAGCACAGCCUGGCUGAGCCUGCUAGUUCCUCGGCUGUUUUACACCCCCCUCCUUCUUCUCCCUCCCCCCCUCUUCCCCCUUUCACUGGUGUUGGGCUGUAAAGGGAGUGGGCCUCCAUCAUGUCAGCAGCACAGGCUGGCAUGAGGAGGCACCAUGCAGUGCGCCUCCUUCUAAAGGAGAAGGGAGGAAAAAUAAUGGAGUUAUCCCGAUUGGAUUUCUCCAGAAAAUUCCUCCAGAAAGAGCUCGGCUUUCAUCCCGCGCAGGUAAACUGCAUCUUAGCCCUCCCCUAUAGGAAGGGCUUCGAUGUCAGUUUUGCCAACGCCAGCUUCCUGAGGGAGUUCUGGGGGAAACUCCAGAACGCCCUGAACACCCAGGGGUCCCUCACAGCAAUGUUUGAGGUGACCAAGCUGACGGAUAAUAGCAUUAAAACCGUUAUUAUCCGCAUGUACAAUGAAACCGUACAGCCGGAGGACGUUGCAGUAUGGCUGGACAGGUACUGCAACGUGAAGGGCCCCCUGAUCCAGGUAAAAGACCUCGAUGGGAUCUGGACAGGGGCCUGGAGGGUCACUGUCCAGCAAAGGGAGGACCCUGGGGGCUAUGGUGGGUUGAAAGCCAUCCCAUCCACCAUAGUCCUCGGAGAGAACAGGGGCCAUGUUCACUACCAGGACCAGCCCAAGCUGUGCCGUAAGUGUGGUGAACAUGGCCACCUUGCAGACGCCUGUCAGAAGGUCGUCUGCAUGAAGUGCCGGGAGGUGGGCCACCGCUACGAGGAGUGCACGAACGGAAGGUCGUGCAACCUCUGUGGCGAACGGUCCCACCUCAUCCGCGACUGCCCCUCCUCCUGGGCCAAUAGGGCCAAGGCGGGAAGGAGGGAGUGGGCGGCCGCGGACCGGGCUUCCGAGCGCCAGAGGGCUGGAACGGCAGUUGCCGAGGUGGUAGUGGAGGAGCCGGUGGUGGUGGAGGAGGAGGCAGUAGUGGUGGUGGAGGAGAUAGUUGUGGAGCCGGUGGUGGUGGUGGCUGUAGUGGAGGGCGCGGAAGGUGUAGUGGUGGAAGAAGUGGGAGGAGAGGACAAAACCCUCCCCACCCCAAUCCCCCUGCCCCAGACUAAUGUGACCCCUGAAGGAGAAAGGGCCGAGAAAGACGGCUCCGGAGAGAUGUUCAGUAAAAGCUCCCCAAGUGGGUCAGAUAUUAUAGGGUCGGUGUCGGAAAGCACCAUGGAGACUGUGUCAGAAGGUACGGGAGAGGAGGGGGAGAUUCUGAUGGAACACCUCCCCCUACGUAAAAGAAACGCCGAGGAGCUCUCUGACCCCGAACAGGGAAAUGGGAGGAUAAGUGGCAGCACGGGCCCUCCAUUUGGAGUGGUUCCAAUUUUAACAAGAACGACGGUGUUGCCAUUUUAAUCAAGACCCCACAGGUGGUGGUGAAGGGGAGCACGGUGGUGGUAGGAGCGGGAACCAGUAUGUCCAGUGCGCGGGCUCGCUAUAGGUGAGCCCACAACGGUUUGGCGCAACGUGGCCCAUCCUGCUCUACUGAAUCGGCAUCGGGACCUGUCCUGGA